CCUCUCCAAAAGCAACCCGUUCCCACCCAAGAACAGACACACACUCUCCUCAUCUCGCUCUCUCUCAAUUUGUCUGAGACUCUCUGCACAAAUCCUUGUCGAUUAACCUCGUAAUUUCCUCGAAUUUGUUUUUUAUAGGCAUAUUUUUAUAUGUCUUUGUGGAGGAAACAAUGAGCUAACUCUGGAACUCGGUUUGGAUUUUUGGAUCUGAAAUUUGUAGAAUGAUAAGAGCUGCUGGUAACUGAUUCCGUAACUCGAUGACUAUCAUACGCAGCAUAAUACAGGACAUGAGGUCGCGCUCUGGACGUGUGGUUCAGGACCGGUUUUCUUCCGGCUCGGCGUCGGCUGUCGCGGUCAGCGACGGUCUGAGCCAGAGCUGCUGGGCCAACAUGCCGCAGGAGCUUCUCAGGGAGGUGCUGGUCAGGAUCGAGGCCUCCGAGAACGCGUGGCCCCAACGGAAGAGCGUCGUUGCGUGCGCCGGCGUGUGCCGCAGCUGGCGGGAAAUCACUAAGGAGAUCGUUAAGAUUCCGGAAGUUUCUGGAAUUCUCACUUUCCCGAUCUCGGUGAAGCAGCCUGGUUCAAGGGAUUCUCUCCUCCAAUGCUUUAUUAAACGGAACCGGUCCACCCAGACAUAUCAUCUUUUCCUCAGCUUGACUAAUGCCCUUCAUGAUGAUGGAAAAUUCCUUCUUGCUGCACGCAAGUUUAGACGUCCCACCUGUGCAGGUUAUAUCAUCUCUGUAGAUGCUGAUGAUAUGUCAAAGGGGAGUGGCACCUAUAUUGGGAAACUGAGAUCAAAUUUCUUGGGAACAAGGUUCACUAUCUUUGAUGGGCAACCACCUCAUGCAGGAGCCAAGAUAACAAAAAGUCGCUCCAAUAGGCUAUUAAAUUCAAAACAAAUUUCACCAAGGAUCCCUGCUGGAAACUAUCCAGUAGCUCACAUCUCAUAUGAACUUAAUGUAUUGGGUUCCAGAAGCAGGGGUCCUAGGAGAAUGCAAUGUAUCAUGGAUGCCAUUCCCGCCUCUGCAAUUGGACCUGGAGGAUCAGCUCCCACGCAGACUGAGUUUUCUGUUAACAACAUAGAUUUCUUUCCAUCACUGCCUUUUUUCCGAUCAAAAUCACAUCGCAUGGACAAUUCCUUAUCUGGACCUUUGGCAAGUCAGAAAGACGGAUUGCUUGUCUUAAAAAACAAAGCUCCCAGGUGGCAUGAGCAGCUCCAAUGUUGGUGUUUGAAUUUUCAUGGGCGAGUGACAGUAGCUUCAGUGAAAAACUUUCAAUUGGUGGCUUCUCCAGAAAAUGGUCCAGCUGGGCCUGAACAUGAGAAGAUCAUCCUCCAGUUUGGGAAAGUGGGGAAGGACCUGUUUACCAUGGAUUACCGGUAUCCUAUCUCAGCAUUCCAGGCAUUUGCAAUCUGUCUCAGCAGCUUUGACACAAAGAUUGCUUGUGAAUAGCACGUUCGAACAGGAGAAGCAUUGUUCAAGGUCGCAUGGCAGGCUGUAAUAAAAUAAACGUGUUUGGAGAAGGUAAAAUUGCAAAUCGUAUAACGACUUUCACCUCUAGAGAAAAGAGACUGAUUUCGGGGUUUUAAGUUUAUUGUCUCGGAUGUGGACUCUGGUCAAAUUGGGGAAAGGAUAUGAAAUGAGAAGGUAGUCUUGAACUUUGGAAGUUAGUCAACCUCCAGGCUUGUAUAUUUUCUUCUGUUUGUGUACAUAGUUUUUCUAUACAAUUUGCCUUUGCUUGUGGUUGUGUUGCUAUUUAAUUCUAUGUUUCUGAAUUUCACAUAUUAAAAUGCAAAAAUUCUGCGGAUA